CAAUCUCUGAUUUAUUACUAUUGAUGAAGAUUGCACUUAUUUAUUUAACGCUUAACUUUGAAAGUACAUUAAAAUGAGUGAAUUAGUUUGGGGUAUCAAAAACGGCGAUAUAGAUCAAGUAAAAGACAUCAUUGAAAAAAAUAAAAUUGAUGUCAAUGCACUGAUUGAUGGCCGGGUACCUCUUCACUAUGCUGCUGAUUAUGGUCAAACAGCUGUUUUAAACUAUUUGCUAGACAAAGGAGCUGAUCCUAAUAUGGUCGAUAAACAUGGCAUAUCCGUAAUUUUAGCAGCAAUUUGGGAGGGGCAUACUGACUGUGUGAAAACAUUAUUAAAACAUGGUGCCUCAAAGAAUGGGAAAACACCAGACGGUACACCAUACAUAGAGGCAGCUGAGAAAGAUGAAAUAAAGGAACUCCUAACAUAGGUAGUAGUAAAUUAUUUCGGAAUCAUAUAAGUAUUCUCAUAAAACGCUCACAUUCUUAUUUUCUUUAAGCUAAGAUAAAAUUGUAUAACAGUUGUACAAGAAAUUAACCAUCAUAUUUUUACAUGCAUUUAUUUAUAUUGCAAUUAAUUAUUUUUAUAUGCUAAACAUAUAAAAUUUAAAGACAUAUGUAUUGACUGCGUCCACUUGUAGUUUUAAUUUGUCUUACUAAUGCCUGUGCAGUAGUAGUGGGAGCCUUAUAAUGUACAGAGAUGCACUAAAUAUAUAUUUAAGAUGAACUAAAAUUAUUUAUCAUUUGCGAUGGCACCUAAUUUCCAAGGGCCUAUACGUUUAGCAAAUAAAUUAUUUUAUAAGGUGUGUUAUGCAUGAGGGCAAGAAAUAAGAUGUAAUAUUAUUG